UCAGCGUCUCUGCCAACUCUGGCGAUUUACAGCUACAAUUUUGCUCCUCUCUCGUUACGUGCUUGUUCGUUCAGCGAUACGACUGCAAUUCCGAGGUGAAAAAGUUCUACAGCUUUGCUAAAAAUGUCUUGGCACCUGAAAGUAGGGCGAUAAAGGCGGAACAGGAAAGAAAAAUGUCACCUAUUAAGCAAUCAGGUAACUUCAAAAGAGACACGUAUCGACAUUGUCAAAGUGACAAAAUGAGAGAGAGGGGGGGAAAGUAAGAGAAGGACGAAGUUUCAUCGACUUCGGGGAGACGAGAAACCCCUCGUAUGAUGUACUAAUAAAUGUCGUAAGACGAAGCUCGAAUGUUGGAUCGGACAUACCGGCGAUGGGAAGGGGCGAUCACUUUCUCUUUGUCGGUACAGCCUCGUGGUGCGUCGAGGAACAUUCAGCAACGAGUUUUUACACAAAGCAGUAACACCAGUUACCACCGAUCCAUCGGCUACACCUUUAAUCAGUAGAUCAAAUUCACGCGUUGGUGCCAAAGUCACGCGAUCCGCUACAUAAUGCAAUUAUCAAGGACAUUGUUGCUUUUCGGCUGUUACUUUCUGGCAUUGACGUUCGUGACAGCCGCACCUUCUGGUAACGAGGAGCCAUUUUUCGAGCUUCCGGUGCACCUGAUUGGCUUUCCGGUAAUUAUAGCGAGCGUAAGAAUCGCCAAUUUCUUCAAGAAGCUCGCUUAUAUUUUGAAUCCAGAUACUUAUGUCAGUCGAGUGAAACGAGCACAUCUCUCUACGCACGACGAAGAGAUUUUAAACAUCGACCAAAUUGAAAAGAAGUUAGUAACCGAGUUCGGAAAUAAUGUUUGUAUCUACGAGAAGAUUUGUGUCGAAUAUGCAGAACGAAUGCUUCGAAGGAGAAGCCGGCAACUUGGUGAUUGGAAUAUUCUUGAUUGGGGCGAAGUAUUCAGAGAACACAAAUCAUCGCCCAAUUUGAUGAAGGAAAAUUAUUUGCUGAGUAUCUUCCUGGGCAACAUUAUUAGCAGUCCAAAACUAUGUCAUUCAUUGGCGGAAAGAGGAAGAGCUUGCGAUAAUAGCACUUUGUCGGAUUAGUUGAAAGCACAAUAUGCUUAAAUUCAUUUAAGUGUUUCUGUUGACUUGUAAAUAAUGCCAUGGAUUUGAUUAGAAUCAAAUUAAUUAGUGAUUAUA